AUGUCUGCUAAGGUCCCAUCCAACGCUACGUUCAAGAACAAGGAGAAGCCCCAAGAAGUCCGCAAGGCCAACAUCAUUGCUGCGCGUUCUGUGGCCGAUGCCAUCCGUACUUCACUGGGCCCUAAGGGCAUGGACAAAAUGAUCAAGACCUCUCGUGGAGAGAUCAUUAUCUCCAAUGACGGUCACACAAUUUUGAAGCAGAUGGCUAUAUUGCAUCCGGUGGCCAGGAUGCUGGUGGAAGUGUCUGCCGCGCAGGACUCUGAGGCCGGCGAUGGUACUACAUCCGUGGUGAUCUUGACCGGUGCUCUCUUGGGUGCUGCAGAGAGACUGCUGAACAAGGGUAUCCAUCCAACCAUCAUUGCGGAGUCCUUCCAGAGGGCUGCGAAGAGGUCUGUGGAUAUUCUUUUGGAAAUGUGCCAUAGAAUCUCGUUGGGCGAUAGAGAGCAGUUGGUUCGUGCCGCAUCCACAUCUUUGAGUUCCAAGAUCGUGUCACAAUACUCCUCGUUUUUGGCGCCGCUGGCAGUGGACUCUGUUUUAAAUAUUUGCGAUGAAGACUCCAAGAACGUGGACCUGAAUGAUAUUAGACUGGUCAAGAAGGUCGGUGGUACCAUCGAUGAUACAGAAAUGAUAGACGGUGUGGUCUUGACGCAAACAGCAAUCAAAUCUGCUGGCGGUCCGACAAGAAAGGAAAAGGCGAAGAUCGGGUUGAUUCAGUUUCAAAUAUCUCCACCAAAGCCAGACACGGAAAACAACAUCAUUGUUAAUGACUACAGACAAAUGGAUAAGAUUCUCAAGGAGGAAAGAGCGUAUCUGCUAAACAUCUGUAAAAAAAUCAAAAAGGCCAAGUGUAACGUAUUGUUGAUUCAGAAGUCCAUCUUGAGAGAUGCCGUGAACGAUUUGGCUCUUCAUUUCCUGUCGAAGUUGAAUAUAAUGGUGGUGAAGGACAUCGAAAGGGAGGAAAUCGAAUUUUUGUCCAAGGGUCUGGGCUGUAAACCAAUUGCCGAUUUAGAGUUGUUCACAGAGGAUAGAUUGGGUUCCGCUGAUUUAGUUGAAGAGAUUGACAGCGAUGGUUCCAAGAUUGUUAAAGUAAUCGGUAUAAGAAACAACAACGCAAGACCAACCGUUUCUGUUGUCAUCCGUGGUGCCAAUAACAUGAUCAUUGAUGAAACCGAACGUUCUCUGCACGAUGCAUUAUGUGUUAUCCGUUGUUUAGUCAAGGAAAGAGGUUUAAUCGCCGGUGGUGGCGCCCCUGAAAUUGAAAUUUCCCGUAGGUUAAGUAAAGAGGCAAGAGCUAUGGAAGGUGUACAGGCUUUUAUCUGGCAAGAAUUUGCCUCUGCCUUGGAGGUCAUUCCAACGACCUUGGCUGAAAAUGCUGGUUUGAACAGUAUCAAGGUUGUUACGGAACUGCGUUCCAAACACGAAAAUGGUGAAUUGAACGACGGUAUCUCUGUUAGACGAUCAGGCACCACGAACACUUAUGAGGAACACAUUUUACAACCUGUGCUUGUCAGUACUAGCGCGAUCACUUUGGCCUCCGAAUGCGUCAAAUCAAUCCUGCGUAUUGAUGAUAUUGCAUUCAGCCGUUAA